AACAGAUUCGCUCCUUGAGAAUUCCCCUUCUGGCCGAUGUCCAUGGAAAUCCACAAAGCCGCACAUUCGUCGAAGGGCACAAUACAGUUUCAAAGGUCUCCAUUUUCUAGAGGGAAAUAGGCCUGUGAGCAGCUGACCCCAUAACAGAUCUGUUGGUCUCAUAUUAGUCUCAAACUCCUCCCUGAGCCCAUGCGAGCCAACGGUUGAGCAGUCCCAUAACAUCGUUCAGCAAGGACCAGCGGAGCUCCUGAAUGUGAGCUCCCACCACAGACAUUGGGAAGGUUGCAUACUCUGGAUGCGAGAUGGCCGUCGACGGUGACUAUGACUAUCUGAUCAAACUGCUGGCACUUGGAGACUCGGGGGUGGGGAAGACCAGCUUCCUAUACCGAUACACUGACCAACAUUUCAACCGCAGGUUCACCACCACUGUGGGCAUCGACUUCAGGGAGAAGAGAGUGAACUACAUGGGGACAGGGGCUGAUGGGACGUCCCAGAAGAACCUGAAGGUCCACCUCCAGCUCUGGGACACAGCUGGACAGGAGAGAUUCAGGAGCCUCACCACAGCCUUCUUCAGAGACGCCAUGGGCUUCCUGCUGAUGUUUGAUCUUAGCAGUCAGCAGAGUUUCCUCAACGUCAGGAACUGGAUGAGUCAGCUGCAGGUUAACGCCUACUGCGACAGCCCAGACAUCGUGUUGGUGGGGACCAAGGCAGACCUCCAAGACACCAGGGAUGUCCAGGUGGAGCAGGCCAGAGGCCUGGCAGCCCGAUACGGCAUCCCGUACUUUGAGACGAGUGCGGCCACGGGCGUGGCAGUGGACGAGGCGGUGCGUGCGCUGCUGGGCUUGGUGAUGAAGAGGAUGGAGCAGAGCGCGGAGCCGAGCGGCGCCGCGCCCAACGGCAGCGCCACCGUCAGCCAGGAGGUGACGGACACGCCGGUCAGGGGAGGCUGCGAGUGCUAGGAGUGGAGCUGGACUUGUUUUGUACUCCCAGAACUUUGUUUUAGCCUUGUAUUUUACAAACCAAAAACAUUUUGAACAUCUUGUUACCCAUUGGGGGGUAAUGGGGUCACCCUCCCUCCCCAAAUUAUGUUUUGAGAUGCGGGUUCAAGUGGAGAUAAUGGGGGGGUGGUUGGGAACAUCGCAGAAAAACUGAGACCAUCCAGAGCCCGCGGGGAGGGUCUCCCGAGGUCCAGCAGAUCUUUCCUGUUGAGGCCCCGCCCACCUCGCAGACAGUGUAAUCCACUACAAGAUGACUGGUUGGUUUAUGACGUUAUUUUAGACCCCAAAGGUUGGUAGAACUAGAAUUGGUAAGUAAGAUCAGCAUUGAAAGAUGUAUACCAUCAUCCCCUCCCACCUCCAUAUACGUUCAGGUGUGGUUGACCAAGUGAAGAAUCAGAAUACACACGGUAUAACCUUUUAGUUUAUACUUUGAAUAACAUCACAGCAUUGCUAAUACCCCUGUCAAAGCAGAGAAUAAUUAUUAAUUUUGAUAUAUAGUUGAUCUGUUAAUUAAUGAACCACAUUUGAAAAAUGGUCACCAUAGAGAAAAAUACUAUUUUUAUUUGACACAUUGUAGCAUGACUGGCAGGGAUAUGCAGGCUCAUGUAGAUGUGUUAUCAGGGAGUAUAUUCUCAAAGUGACAAAAAUAAACACUUCAGUCUUGGUUGUAUUUUAUAGGUGAACGACCAUUAUGUUAGUUGCCAUGAACAAGAUGUUUAGUCCUUUACAUAAAUCUUGAC